GCCCGGCCCGGCUCGGCCAGGCCCGGCCCGGCGCGGCCCGGCGCACCCCGAGCCCCCGCGCCGCCCAGGCGGGAGCGCGCGCGGCGUUCCGGGGGGGAGCGCGCGCCUCGCAUCUUUUGUGCUCGGGCAGCUCGCCCCUCGGCGGAGCCGCGCGGGGAACGCUCUUUGUGCGCGCUCCCUUCCCCCCCCAGCCCGGCGGGGGACGAUGUCUCAGCCCCGAGGCAAGAAGAGAAACCCUGGGCUGAAAAUUCCUAAGGAAGCCUUUGAGCAGCCACAGACGAGCUCCACGCCACCCAGAGAUCUGGACUCCAAAGCCUGCAUCUCUAUUGGUGAGGAGAACUUUGAGGUGAAGGCCGAUGACCUGGAGCCCAUCUCCGAGCUGGGACGAGGUGCGUACGGGGUGGUGGAGAAGAUGCGGCACAUGCCCAGCGGGCAGAUCAUGGCAGUGAAGCGGAUCCGAGCCACGGUGAACAGCCAGGAGCAGAAGAGGUUGUUGAUGGAUCUGGAUAUCUCCAUGAGGACGGUGGAUUGUCCCUUCACCGUCACCUUUUACGGGGCGCUUUUCCGAGAGGGAGACGUGUGGAUUUGCAUGGAGCUGAUGGAUACCUCACUGGACAAAUUCUACAAACAUGUCAUUGACAAAGGCCUGGCGAUUCCCGAGGACAUCCUGGGGAAAAUCGCAGUCUCUAUUGUAAAAGCACUCGAACAUCUCCACAGUAAGCUCUCCGUGAUCCACCGAGAUGUAAAGCCCUCUAACGUGUUGAUCAAUACGCAGGGGCAGGUGAAAAUGUGCGAUUUUGGGAUUAGCGGUUACCUCGUUGACUCUGUUGCUAAAACCAUGGAUGCAGGAUGCAAACCCUACAUGGCUCCUGAGAGAAUUAACCCGGAGCUGAACCAGAAGGGAUACAGCGUCAAAUCCGACAUCUGGAGCCUGGGGAUCACCAUGAUCGAGCUGGCCAUCCUGCGCUUUCCCUACGACUCCUGGGGCACGCCCUUCCAGCAGCUCAAGCAGGUGGUGGAGGAGCCGUCGCCGCAGCUCCCAGCGGAGAAGUUCUCAGCGGAGUUCGUCGAUUUUACCUCGCAAUGCUUGAAGAAGAAUUCCAAAGAACGGCCAACAUACCCAGAGCUUAUGCAACAUCCUUUCUUCACCCUGCACGAAUCCAAAGAGACAGACGUCGCCUCUUUUGUCAAGCUCAUCCUGGGAGACUGAGAACUGGACUUGUAAAAGAAUUGCCCUUCUGUGGACUGGUGGGUGCAGGGGAGGGGCGCGUGGCAGGACUUGUCAUGGAAGCACCAACAGAAAGUCGCCGUGUUUUGUUUUGUUUUGUUUUUAUUCUGAGAAACCCCCGCCUCGCCCGAGUUUUUUUAAAGGGUUCUUUGGUAUCCAUAGUGACAUAGAACGAGCUGGUUAGUGGAAUGAAUUUUAAUAAGGUUGGUAACCUUAAAACAAAAACAAAACAACAAAAAAAAAAAAUCUUUUUUUGAAAGAGUGAUUUACAUAUUUAAUGACAGUCGAAGUUCCUCUUCCUAACUUGCUCCUCAUCCCCCUUCCCUUCCCCUUGAACCAGAAUUUGCUUUGUCAUGGUAAUAGGUGCUAUGGUAGUCAUGAAGUUGUAUGUAGAUUUAUAUUUUGUCCCUUCCAUUAUUUUAAUAUUUAUGUUAAGUGCUUGAUGGAAUAGAUUUCUGUUUUAUAUGAGGAUGAGUGCGUGGUGAUGAUGAUGAUGAUGAUGAUGAUGAUGAUGAUGCAAAAUGAGGCCGCAGCAAGCAGCACUUGUAGGGCUCGCUGGGGAAAAGGUGUCCAAGGACAGGGGAGAGGAGAAGUGUCUAUAUUGUGGAAUAUAUGUGAUGUGCAUCAUAAAAGGAACGGAUAAGCAAGCCUUGCUGCUCGAGCUGUGUCAGGGAGGGAGGCCCCAGUGUCCCCUGUGGUCACCUCCUCUCCGGACACCGCGCUCCGAGUCCGGCCGGCGCUUCCAGCCCCGUCCCACCGCCCUGCUCUGCUGGAGAGGGCAGGCUGGGAGCUCUGGGAAUUGCUGGGACAAUGUCUGGGACAAAAGGCCCAGAGGGAAGGAGCUGUCAGAGAAGUUGCACAAAGAAGAGGAGGAGCUGUCCUGGUGGGUGCCCAGCAGCGUUGCAGUGCCCGAGGCUCCCUUGGGCUGGGGAUGAGCUGCUCUGGGGCUCGGGGGGAGCUCCUCUCUCGGGUGAUUCGGGAUCACAGGACGCACAGCACCCCUCAGGAGUGGGAUGGAUUAGUGGAUGGAUCCCUGGGCUCCAUCCCUCCGUGCUUGCCCGGGGAUUGCAGCGCUCCCAGGAGCCCGGGCUGGCCGGGGCGUUGGGCUGUGCCCAGCCCCAGCUGGGAUGCUGCAGGCAGCCAGGAGCGCUGGGCUCUGCCUGGGAAACCACGCAGGGACAGCACAGCCAGCCCUGACCAGGAGCUCCCUGCUGCUGGCCUGGGGGACGAGCUGCGAGCCAGGGACAGGACAAGGUGGGAGAGGAGCUGGAGAGCGUUGUGCCCUCGGGUCAGUCACUGUCUGGAGCAGGGGGCACUGGGAGUGUUGGCUCCACGUUAACGCUGGUUUGAGCCAUGCCUGCCCAGCUGCCUGGCCCGGGGCUCCUUCCCCCAGCCCUGGAACGAGGCCUGCACAAGUGCCUCGUGCCCCUGCAUGCGCUUCCAUCCCCACCCCUCGCUUGGGCACAGCCCCUGGGAGCCAGAAACACACCCUGCUCUGCAGGGCUGAACCUUGCAGGGGUGUCACUGACCCUGUGCAGGGUGUCACUGACCCCUGCUCUGCAGGGCUGAACCUUGCAGGGUGUCACCGAACAGGGCUGACCCUGUGCAGGGUGUCACUGACCCUGUGCAGGGUGUCACUGACCCUGCUCUGCAGGGCUGAACCUUGCAGGGUGUCACUGACCCUGUACUGGGUGUCACUGACCCUGAGCAGAGUGUCACUGACCCUGUGCAGGGUGUCACUGGGCCUGUGCAGGGUGUCACUGACUCUGUGCAGGGUGUCACUGACCCUGUAUUGGGUGUCACUGACCCUGAGCAGGGUGUCACUGACCCUGUACUGGGUGUCACUGACCCUGUGCAGGGUGUCACUGACCCUGUACUGGGUGUCACUGACCCUGAGCAGGGUGUCACUGACCCUGUACUGGGUGUCACUGACCCUGUACUGGGUGUCACUGACCCUGAGCAGGGUGUCACUGACCCUGAGCAGGGUGUCACUGAUCCUGUGCUGGGUGUCACUGGGCCUGUACUGGGUGUCAGUGACCCUGUACUGGGUGUCACUGACCCUGUGCAGGGUGUCACUGACCCUGUACUGGGUGUCACUGACCCUGAGCAGGGUGUCACUGACCCUGUACUGGGUGUCAGUGACCCUGUACUGGGUGUCACUGACCCUGUACUGGGUGUCACUGACCCUGAGCAGGGUGUCACUGACCCUGAGCAGGGUGUCACUGACCCUGAGCAGGGUGUCACUGAUCCUGUGCUGGGUGUCACUGGGCCUGUACUGGGUGUCAGUGACCCUGUGCAGGGUGUCACUGACCCUGUACUGGGUGUCACUGACCCUGAGCAGGGUGUCACUGACCCUGAGCAGGGUGUCACUGACCCUGUACUGGGUGUCACUGACCCUGAGCAGGGUGUCACUGACCCUGUACUGGGUGUCACUGACCCUGAGCAGGGUGUCACUGACCCUGAGCAGGGUGUCACUGACCCUGAGCAGGGUGUCAUUGCCAGGUUAGCAGCUCCAGGCUCUGCUGGUGCAGGUUGGAACAGUCUGAGCGGAUUUUGGGAAUCCCCUGGAAGGGCUGAAGGGGAGGGCAGUGUUCAGAGCAGGGGCUCUGGGGUGCUGGGGACACGCCAACACUUCCAAGAGGCGCACAAAGACACCGCCAGUGCCUGGGCUGUCACUGUCCCUGCCACCACAGGGGUGGCUGUGAGCCUGGGGUGGUGCAGCCCUGCCCUGGGGCUGGCAGUGACAGAGACAGGGGAGCAUUUAUCGGGAUUUAUGGAUCCUUGUGCCCUCAGCUGCAGAGCAGGGGGCUCACAGAGGGCUUGCAGGAAUCAGGGUGCCAUUCAGGGGUGGUGCAGGCUUUGGGGAGCAGGUUCCCCUUGCUCAGCCCUGUCCCAGGAGCCCGCCCAGCCCUCGGGAAAGGAUAAGCUCCACACCCUGCUCUGUGCCAAGGGGAACCUUUCAGGUUACAUUUCGUGGCAGAUGAAACACGAGGAUGUUUUACUUCACAGUGUAAUUUUAAGAGGCCUGGCAUGGCUCAUGAUCUGCCCUCUCAUAUUCCAUGGUGUGUGUGUGUGUUUUCUCUCUCUCACUUUCUCAGAGUCACAGAGCUGUUUUGAUUGAUUGUCCUCAGCUGCAGCUGAAAGUCCAGCCAGCCAGUUUAUAGACUCGGUUCCAGCAUCAAUUCUCACUUUGAAAAACAUGACAUUUAAAACCACCCUUUGGUUUUCCUACAUAUGGAUCUGAUGCUUUUGUUAAAGAUUGUUUUUGCUGCUUUUCCCCUGCAAUAUAAGUCUCGUUUGGACACCGCAUCUCCUUGACCUCAGAGCACCUUCAUUUCAGUGCCAUUGUAAUUGACAGGUUGAAUUUAUGAGAUACUGUCAAAGCUCAGUAUUUAUAGCAGAUAUUAAUGUCACCAGCGUUUUCCAAUAGAGAAUUAAUGGCAGUGUUUUCUGCAGCUGGUAACCCUCUGAAAGGAUUCCUCCGUGCCUCCACACAGGCCUUGCUUUUAUGCUUUCUGCUCUAAUCCUUUUGUUUUAAUGACAUUACAAUAGGGCACGCUACAAAUCACUUCCCUUCCCUGCUUUUUCUCCGUGACUUUGUUCCUUUCAAAGUCGUUUGUGUCAGCCCAGGGUAAGUGUGGAGCUGUGUGAGGGUGAGGAAGGUGCUGUGAGAUGCACGGGGCUCUGGCCCUGCAUCCCUCCACAAAGCUUGGCCUGACCCAGGAGUUGCUGAGAGAGAAGCCUGAGCUUGGUGGCUUCAGCUCGGGGAGGAGAGCCAGGGACUCCUGUGUGCCUCAGAGCCCUGCUGGGCUGCAGGAUGAGAGUCAGGCUCUUCUCUCUGCUGUUUAAUGUGACCUCUGUGAAGAUGAAAAGCCUUUGGUUGCUGCUCAGAUCUUUGCUUGGCCAGAACACAAGCGCAGGGACAGACACAGGCUCUGGGACAUGGAACCUUUCCUGGCAGCCUGGCCCCCUGGGCAGCCCAGGUGUUGAGGUUUAGGGAUGUUCUUCACAAAGGUUUUCUGUGUUCACACAGCUCAUUUGGGCUUGGGAUUGCCCCAGACUGGAAUUUUUAGAGAAGCAGGUCUUGAAAGACCCCCAAAGCCAGGGAGCAGAGGGAGAGCAGAGCUGUGGGAGCUCAGCAUUGAGCUGUGAGCUGGACCAGCUGUGGAGAGAGCCUCUCCAGCCUGCCACAGGUUUCCAGCAGGCACAGCCCAUCCCCAGGGCUGCCCAGGUGUGUGUCCAUCCUCCUCUUCCCACCUCCUGCAAUCUCCAGGGUGCUGCAGGCCUUGCCACUGCUGGAGCUCUGAGGUGUCACUGGCAGGAAAGGUGUUUUUUGGGUCCCCAAGAGCCCUGUGCACCCUUAAAUCUGGCAGAGGAGUUGGAAGGCAUUUUCUGGUUACUGUUUUGAAACCCCAGGUUCAUGCUGCUGCACUGGGUGCAAUGCCCAUCUUCCCUGGAGUUCUUCCAGGUGCACAGACCUUGACACAGGUAUCUCUGUACUGUAUUUCUCUGGUUUUUCCUGGCUUUUGUUGAGUUUACUGGUGACAAAGAGGCAACUCGGACUUGUUAAAGUUAAAAAAAGUUAAAACUUCAUUUCUGGAGGCAGUUGGUGGAUCCCUACUUGGAAAAAUCUCAAAAAAAAAAAAUCUCAAUUCAUCUCCCUGUAGCUGGUGCUGCUGCACCUUUUUCUGCUGGGAAGGCUCAGCAGGGAUUUCUCCAUGCCUGCUGCCAGCCAGGGGUGUACCUGCACAUUUCCCUUCUUCCCUGCACAUUCUGGAAGAGGAAAUCCUGCUUGAUCAGCACAGCAUUGCUCCAGUGGCUGCUCUGGUGUGGUUCAGACAAGGUUCCCACCAAGCUCCCAUGUUUAAUAAAUCUGUUUUAUUCAAACAACCCCCAAACUCCUCUCUCAGAAAAACCAGCCAAGAUGCUCCUUUUUUUUUUUUUUAUUUCCCCUUCCAUCUUGUUCCUGUUAGAGGAACUCUGGGAGCCCGUCUUGGUGCUUUCACUCUUUCACAUGCCAAAGAUCCCACUUAGUUAUGCUCCUGCCAAACCAGAUCUUGUAGUCUUGCCUCUAAAACCAUCCAUUUCCCUGCUCCUUGGGGUUCCUUUUGUUGCUGUUGCUUUUUCAUUGAAUUUCCUGGUGUUUAUUGACAUGUCUAUUGUGGAGCUUCCUGGACACAUGCAGCUCUCUUUUUUGGGAUACAGGGAAAGACAAAUAGUUGCCUUCACUUGUGUGCCCCUGCUGUUGGGGAAAUACUGUCAGUGGUGUGAUUCCUACAGAUGGGAUGGGUCUCAUGUCGAGCUGGGCUCAUGGAGGGUGUAAACUGGCACUGCUCCAUUGGCUGGGCUGGAACAAGGCCAGUUUUGUCCAGCUGAGAAUCUGUCCUUAGAUUUUAACUGUCUAAACAGUUAUUACACACUAAUAAAGAUUAAUGAUGGUAAAUCCCCAGGGAUUAGACAUAAAAUGGCAAGUUUUGCUCAUUAAUCUUUAUUGCCAUGUUACGGUUGUUGAUGUUAGAGUCUCUCUCUGCUCUGGACGUGCACAGAGGAGGGGGCUGAGCCUGGGGAGAUGAAGGCUGGACAGAACACACAGAACACACCAGAUGUCCACGUUUUACACUCUGUGUCUUCCCCCCAGGUUCCUUUAUUCCUUGAAAGCCCUUAACCAGCAGCAGAGGAUGGAUCCCAGAGCUUCGCCUGCUCCUCUGGCCUCUGCCUGGGCUGUAAAACCCAGAUUGUUUCUGCUGAGAAGGGAUCAGAUCUCCUCAUUAAUAUUUCAGCUCAGCCUUUGCUGGAGCAGAUGGGGAAUGUGAAAUUUGCCCUGUGCUCUGCAGAGCUGGGAGAUUCACCCUGGAGGAGCAGCAGCUCUGUUGGAGGCUGAAAGGACUCUGCUCCUUCACAUAACCCCACUCCAUAAAAACAGUGGCUUUUGUUAAUGAAUGGGGGCAGAAAAAGCUGCAUCUCAGUUUUGAGGUGUUUGCAGAUGAAUAAACACAGCCAGGAGCUCUGGUGGUGCCAGUGCUGCAGGCACAAAGGUCCAUUGCUGGAGAAAUGAAAGGGACUCUGAGAGUGCAGUGAACUUUAAGGGUGGAUUUAAUGGCAAUUAAAACAAAAUGAGUCCUGUGAUGGGCAGCUGGUGUCAGUGCACUCUGCCAGGGAGGGUUUGGAGCUGCAGGAGAGGCAGGACACAGCCACAGGUCCAUCGAGGGCACAGCCUGAGAGCAGCCUGGCUGCCCCUUCCCUCCCCACAUCUUCCUUCAGGCCCAGAUUGAUGGGCAGUGGGUCCCAGGUUGCCACUGGGAAUCUAAAUCCAAAUCCAGGGAGAAAAGUCUAAAACCAAAAAGGAAAAGAUUUUUCCACAGGGAAAAACCUGCAAGUGGCCCAAGGCACGCUGCUGCUGCAUGGCCUGAAAGGAUGGGAAGAGCCUGGGAGAGACCUCUGUAGCUGAGAGAGAAGAGGGGAAACUUUCCAGGUCUCUGAGCAGCUUCAUGCUGGAAAUACCCAAUUUUCAGGCCACCAGGAGGAGGGAAUUCACCAGGGAGCAGCUGGGGCUGCAGGAUGGUUGUGAUGUGGCUCCCUCAGAGCAUCCCUGGGAUGCUGGAGAGCUCUUGGCCUCCCUGGACACCUGACAGGGGGAGAGGCUCCUUCAUCUUUCUGUUCUGUGUCUGGGAUUUCACUGGCCCCAGCGGGAAGGGCCCUCAGCUGUCCAUGGAGUGGGGAAGGAGCUGCCUGUCCUCUCCAGUUCCCUCUCCCUGAUCCCACAGCUGGGAUUUGGCCAAGCAGCCGCCCUGCAGGGCUCAGCCCCAGCGGGAGCUUGGCAGGUUUGCUGCCAUUCCUCUCAAACUCCCUUUGGGAGCGCUGGGCAGCUCUGGAGCUGCAGCAGCCCCGCUCUGAGCUGCCUUAGCCCAGCCAGGAUGGGCCACAAGCCCUUCCUCGAGAGGCUCCUGGUUUUUCGAGGCCGGGGCGAGCGUCCAGCGGCCGCGAGGUUCCGCGGGGACAAGCCGGGAAAAGCUUGGAAGCGCCUGAAGCGCGCUGGAAGUGGAGAUGGAAAUCUCAAAAGAUCAGACGUCCUUCGGCGAUUUCCAAAACUAUCUGGUUUUAGCCAGACCUGAAAUCCCUUCCUAGAAGUUUUAUUUCAGGGUAUUUUGAUCUGUUACUUUCACUUUUGGGCUUAGCUAAAUCCAGGAAACCUCGGAGCGGUGUAAUUUUUGAAUAAAGACUAAACACACCCCGAGUAUUCCUGAGCUGAUCAGGAAAGCUGCUGCUUGGUUUAUCUUCCAGGAAUAAUUCAGGCCAGAUCAGGCUUUAAUUCAGUCUGGUUUUGCCCCCAGAUAAUGAUUCUUGUUGAGGAAAUAAAAAGAGCAGACCAGGAUCUUUCCAAAAGGCUGUGACCUGACACACCAAACCAUUCCAGGAGAUGGAUGGAGAUAAAGGCUCCAGUGAGAGGGGCCAAUGUCUGGAGGCUGGAACAGCAGCCUGGAGUAUCUGUGGCCUCCAAAAACUCACACAGACACAGGAAUUGUGGGAUGGAGGUGCUGGAUUCUGCCUUUUCUUGGGAUUUUUCCCUCUAGGAGAGAGCAUUCAGCCAUCUCAGAGUGUCCCAGAACACCCAAAAAUCCUUCAGUAUUUUUAUAUUGUUUUUUUUUUUUCAAGAUGGAUACUGUGAAAAGUCAGGAAGGGCCAGCUGUCCUUGAUUUGCACAGGCAGGGUGAAGAAAUGUGGCUUUGGUGCCUGGUAAAAGCCAAGAAAAGGUGUGUUUAAAGAUAAAUCCCAGUCUCUGUCAGAGCUGCUGAGCCAGGAUCAAAUUUUCCCAAAUCCAGGUACAGCUGCAGAGCUCUCCAUCCAUAUUUAGCCCAAAUUUAGUCACAAAUCCUGCAUAAACACCUACAGCAUGGACUGUGCCUUCUGGGGGGCUUCUGGCAGGUUGGGGCUCAAAAUCCAAUAUCUCCCAAGCCAGGAUUUGGCUCUGAAUAUUCCCUUUAAAAUCCAUGUGUAAAGUGAAUUUCCAGGGCUCGGCUGCUGUUUUUAUUUUGGUGAAUCCAGUGGUUUGUGCUUGGUGAGAGCUGUCCCUGUGCCAGGGGCUGCUGGAAAUAGUCACAACAUCCAAAAUAGCUGGAAUUCUGCAUUUUUUAAAUAGGAAUACAACAAGGGGAAGCUGCUAAAUGUAGCUUCUUGUAAGCUGGAAAUGUGUUGGAGUAAAAUUUGUCAUUUCUUGUAGAGAAAAAACAAAACAAACUGAAACAACUCUCCGAAAUUGUCCAAAAUCUUCAAUUUAAGGAAUUACAGUUUUAUUGGCAAAGAUCCAUGUUCAGAAAUCCCAUCAAUAGAUGGGAUUUUUAGACUUUCUAUCUUAAGGUGUGAAAUCUGCUUUUUCUCAAGAUGGUGGGAAAUCUGUAAUAAGGAUAUUUCUACAUAAUUCUGGCUAGGGAAAAAAACCAAACCCAAACACCAAAAAAAAUGGAAAAGCACCGAGAUCCCAGUGUUCUCUGGUGUUGAAGAGGGCACAUGGACAUGUUAGGAAGGAGAAGACUUUUCAACCUGCUGUAAUGCAAGUCCUUAUUUUACUUCAUUUUUAGGGUUUUUUUUUUUACAGUAACAUCAUUUGGUUUCUUAACUGGGAAAGUCUCUGCUUUUCCAUCCCUGUGGAAAGCUGAUUAUUCUUUCUCAUGUUCUUAUUUAUUAUUUAUCCCUUUCUGGUACUAUCCAAGAGGUGCUGAAGAUAUCUCCCAGCCUGCCCUCGAGCCAUGUGGGAUCCCUGUGGUAGCUCCUAACAGCUGGGAUGGCAAAUUAUGAUUUUAAAUUAUAUUUAUAGCAACUUAGAUUAUUUUUUUGUUGUUGUUUUUUAGUGUUUCGGUUUGCAUUAGAAUUAGGGACGGGGAUAAGGAAUCUUGUUUUAAAAUAUUCUAAUUUUUUUUUGGAGUUUUGGGGGCUUCUGAAGAAACCUGCUCACUUUUAUGUUUUUAGUAGGGAAGCACGAGGUGGGUUUCAGAUGUUCCUUUGAGAGGGGAUUGAGUAGCACCAGGGUUCAGUUUAGCUGGUAGAAUGCUCUGUCAAAUCAUUAAAAUCGAUUAAAUCAAUCAAUAAAAUCAGCUGAAUUCUGAGAAAACAACCACUUUCCAUCUGAAAAUUCAAAUCUGGUUGGUGACAAAUUUGGUUUGUCCCAGGCUGGUGCCAGGCUUUUCUCUGUCAAACCUGGAGUUUGCUGGAGCCCUGGGUGGUGAGGACUGGCCAGGGCAGGGCUGGGGACAGCCAAGUGUCACCUCUGGGGCUGGAGGACACGUGUCCUGCAGAAAUAAUGGAGCAAUUCACGAGCUCUGGGGGAUGCUGAGGGGAAUCCCUGAAGUGUGGGACAGAAUCGGGGAUUUGGGGCUCAAAACCCAUCAGGUUUUGUUCUUUUUAUUCCCUUUCUCCCCUUGGGAAGGUGCUUCAGAAGCCUCCCCAGCCUUUCUGAUAAAGAAUAACAGAACCAGAGAACCACAGAGUCACGUAGGGUGGAAAAACCUUUAAAAUCAUCGAGUCCAACCAAAAACUCAGCGCUGCCAAGGCCACCACUAACCCCUGUCCCCGAGUGCCACAUGCACACAUUUCCAGCCCUUCCAGGGAGGGUGACUCAAGCCCUUCCCUGGGCAGCCUGGGUGCUGUGGUGCAGCUGUUUUCAGACAGCUCACGCCGCUUUUCUGGUUUGUUUUCUUUCCCCAACGUAUAAGAAACGCUGGGUAGCAGAAUGUGGAAUUGAUUAGAAGUUCAUAAAGCAGGGACCUCAGAAGGAUGUGGGUAUAAAUGCUUUUCAGGCAUCCGAGGUGAACUUUAAAUGGAGCUUUGGCCCUCAUUUGCUUUCUGCUUUUCAAAAACCAUUUAUGAGAAAGUGGAGCUGUCAAAGCCAUGCAUGAACUUUGCCUUCUUGCAAAUAACUUGUCUCGAAGUAAAUUGUCCAAAUGCACAAGAAACUUGUCUCUAAGUAAAUCCAGUAGCUCUACAAAGCUGGAAUUGUGUGCAUUAGAGGGUGUGAGAGGUGUGUGUGUGGGUGUGUGUGUGUGUGUGAGCACGUGUUGUGCUUGGGGAGGUUGCAGGGAGUAACUCAGCCAUUUUGAGAUUUAAAAAAAAACACAAUGCAAGUGCUUUUCUUAAAAAAAAAAAAAAUAAAAAAAUAAAAAGGCAGCGUAAAAUAUUUAUUUCUUGGCAGAAGUACAUCAGACCACAUCUCCCAUCCUUCUUUUAAUUGCUUGGUGUUUGUUUGUGUUGUGUCAGGCUUUGCUGGUUUCCUCGGCAGGGCUGCGCGCCGCCCGUCACCUCGCACAACCCCGCUCCGAGCCAGGGCACGGGGCAGCUCCAGCUCCUCAGGAGAGCCCUGGGGUGCAGGCAGUGCAGCAGAGGCCAGGGUGCUGUUGGGUUAAAGGCAGCACAGUGCAGAGUGGGGGAUUUUCAGUUUUUAGCCUUGUUGAGGGAACUCUUUCCUUGUGAGGAUCCAACCUGCCGCGCCCUGAGGCAGCAGCACCCCGAGUCCCAGCCUUGGGGAGGGCGGCUUGGCCAGACAGAGCAGCUCAGAGGGUGCUACUGGAAAGGAAAGAGGGGCUGGAGUGAGUGUGAGGCAGCACUGGGUGCUGGUCAGUGCCUGUGGGCUUUGCCCAGGGUUUGGAAGCUCCGGUGCCCAGCCAGGUGCAGACUCUUCAUCAGUCACUGCCGAGCUCACCUGGCUGCCCACCUGCACAUCCCCUCCACCUGCAGCACCUCCUGUGCUGUCUUCACCCAUCUCAGCGCUGUUCCUCGUGCUCUGGAGAUGAGCAGGAGCAGCAGAGGGAUAGUAGGGCCGUGUGUGUAACGUUUGAGGGGCUUUUACUCCAUGUUGUUUUAAUGAGAUGCUUUUAGGAUCCAUGCUGAACUGGUAUUCUUUAACCUUCACUGCCACAGAUUCUUUCUCCCCACCCUCUUCACUUCAUACAGAUUGGCAAAACACAUUUGACUUGAAAAGAAACCACCCCCAAACCCUGCUGAUGGGAUAAGUUACUCCUCUUUACUGUGCUUUGAUUUGAUUUCUCAGGAUACCCAGAGGUUUUUCACUGCUGCUGAGAGGGGACAGUACACCUUUUUGGAGACUUCAACCACUGUAACAGUUUUCCAGAUGUGUGUGUGCGUGUGUGUGCGUGUAAGCCAGCACUGUGCGUGCGUGUGUUCUGCUGAAUAUCGUGUGCAUCUCUGAAAUGCUUCAAACAACUGCCUGGAAGUCAAAAACCAACCACCUCUUUCCAGUCAUAUGUUUGCCGUGACUUUUCAUAACCACACUUGAAACUAGUGGUCUUGGAUGGAAAUAUUCAAAGAGCAGGGCAUCUUUAUAGCAAUGGUAUGUCAGUCGAAUUACGGAAAAUGUACACAAAAAUAAAUAAAUGAAAUUUAAAAGUAA